AUGGAACAAUACAAAGAGACAUUCUUGGAGGAGGUGGAACACACGCAAUAUAUGGUAAUAAGAGAAUUACAAUACCAAAAGAUAGCUUUAGUCGCUUUUAUACUCACAAAUUACAUAAAAUAUAACAAAAAAUUAGGAAUGCGCGUAUGGUUCCCAUCACCAGAAUCGCAGAGCAUUGCGUAUCUAGUACACGCAGGCUACGACUUCCCACCAACAGUAAUACAAACGUUACUAUCACUCAACAUCUCCUUAACAAUAACAUUUCACUCGACACUUCCCUCCAUCAGAGGUCUAAACACAUUUACAACACUCGACCAUCGCAACUUCACGUAUCAAACACGGCCAAUUGGUACCGUGCCGGCAGACCUGCCCACCAGUUACCUAAACGUACGAAUCUUCCAUUUUUUAUGCACGCCAGAACGCGCGAUGCAACACGUGAACGCGAUACUGCAGUUACGCGACAAGUCGUUGCCGAGGCCGGUGUUUGUGUGGGAACCGGUGCCCGAUGUUACGAAUAAAGAGUGUUUUGAGCAGUGUGUGGAGGCGAUGAAGAUGGUUGAUGUGGUGUCGCCAAAUCAUGAAGAGGCGGCUGCAUUUCUGGGAUUGAUUUCUGUGGAUGAGGGGGAUGAGAAUGAUAAUAAUAGAGAUAAGUUUUUGGCGGAUGAAAUUCUUGUGAAGAUGGCAGAUCAGUUCCUCCAACAACAAAUCGGAGUUAAUGGGACUGGGUGUGUUAUAAUAAGGGCAUCGUAUAAAGGUGCAUUAGUUGCAACCAAAGAAAAGAAGGAACUAAUACCGCCUUAUUGGUCUUUGGACGUUACCGGAGCUGGAAACUCAUUUUGUGGUGGCUUUGCAGCCGGCCUAAUAAAAUCAAACUAUGACGUGUUUGAGGCUGCACUAUAUGGCACAGUGAGCGCAUCAUAUACUGUGGAACAACUUGGACUUCCACAGUUAACAAUCGAUGAGCGAACAUCGAAGGAGUGUUGGAACGGGGAUAACGAAAAUCCUAAUAUAAGAUUAAGUAAGUUGCGACAGCGAGUAAAAGAUAAGCUAAAAGAACGUUUGAAAGAAAAGUUGAAGGAACGGAUAAAGGGAAAGUUGAUGAGAAAGGAAAAUGGGAUGGAGUUCUGUGAUGAAAAUUCUGAUGAAGCUGUGAGUAGCAAUCAAACUUAA